AUGUACAGCAGUUCUCGGUCUGUUGGCAAAGGUGAUGCCAACCAUAGUGGAGGAAGAGAUGGAGGUAGUGCUGGGAAUCAGGGCUCUGGUCGAUCUCCUCGCCUUCCCUGCUCUCCACGAAUGGGUCAUCGACGUACCAACAGCACCGGAGGCAGCGGUGGGGGACCCGGUGGAGCAGGGGGCAAGACUCUCUCCAUGGAGAACAUACAAUCCCUCAAUGCUGCAUAUGCCACCUCAGGACCCAUGUACCUGAGUGACAACGAGGUUGCAAUGGCAGGGGACCAUAUUCCUAAGAGUGGUGGGCCAGUGACAACAAUAAGCAGGCAAAGGAUGACAUAUGGAUCCAGGGGCAGCAACAGUGGGGUGGUGGCUGCUAGCACUCCGAACAUCUCCACCUCAGUGGCUGCGAAUGCUGUGUUACCAGCAGGCAUGAUGGUGGGUGAUGCGCUUGCAUUUGGAGACCAUCACAUGGCCUCCACAGUGCCUCAUUCUCUGAGGCAGGCCAGAGACAACACGAUACUUGAUCUUCAAGCCCAACUCAAAGAGGUUCUGCGUGAGAACGAGAUCCUGCGACGGGAGGUGGAAGUCAAGGAGAGCAAGCUCAGUUCCUCCAUGAAUUCCAUUAAGACCUUUUGGAGCCCAGAGCUGAAGAAAGAGAGGGCUCUUAGGAAAGAUGAAGUUUCUAAGAUUACUGUCUGGAAGGAACAAUACCGUGUGAUUCAGGAUGAAGCCCAGCAUCUUCAGAUGACAGUUCAAGCCCUUCAGGAUGAGCUCAGAAUCCAAAGGGAUCUAAAUCAGCUGCUACAGCAGGAUCCCGCCAGCCAAAGCCGAGACCUGGCCCUGACAUCCGAACCCACUGAGGAGAACUACAGACGGCUACAAGCUGAGCAUGAGAGGCAAGCCAAAGAGCUCUUCCUCCUGAGGAAGACCCUUGAGGAGAUGGAGCUAAGGAUUGACACUCAGAAGCAGACCUUGGGAGCCAGAGAUGAAUCUAUUAAAAAACUUCUGGAGAUGCUGCAGAGCAAAGGACCUUCUGCCAAGGCAUCUGAAGAGGACCAGGAGAGAACCAGGAGGCUAGCAGAUGCUGAGAUGCACAGGCAUCACCUUGAGAGUUUGUUGGACCAGAGAGAUAGAGAGAUUACCGCACUAAGAGAAGAGCUGCACCGCCGUUAUGAGGGAACCCCCGAGUCCACUAAAACUAAGGCUCUGCAAACUGUUAUUGACAUGAAGGAUGCGAAAAUCAACUCAAUGGAGCGGAAUCUGAGGGACAUGGAGGAGGAGCUACUCAUGAUGAAAUCCAAUGGCCUUCUGAGCUGUGAGGAGCGUCAGGAGGAGAUGAAGCAAAUGGAAGUUUAUCGCAGCCACACCAAGUUCAUGAAAAACAAGAUGGAACAAGUUAAACAGGACCUUUCCAGGAAGGACACAGAACUGCUGGGUUUGCAGACCAAACUAGAGACCCUCACCAAUCAGUUCUCAGAUAGCAAACAACACAUUGACGUUCUGAAAGAGUCUCUCACAGCCAAGGAGCAGCGAGCUGCCAUUUUACAGACUGAGGUUGAUGCCUUACGCCUGCGUUUGGAGGAAAAAGAGGCAACUCUUAAUAAGAAAAGCAAGCAGAUUCAAGAAAUUUCCGAAGAGAAGGGCACACUUAACGGGGAAAUCCACGACCUCAAAGAUAUGCUGGACGUUAAGGAGCGUAAAGUUAACGUGCUUCAGAAGAAGAUUGAGAACCUCCAGGAGCAACUGAGGGACAAAGAGAAGCAGAUGAGCAGCCUAAAAGAGAGGGUUAAGUCUUUACAAGCGGACACCUCCAACACUGACACAGCUCUCACCACACUGGAGGAGUCUCUGGCAGAGAAGGAGCGUAUCAUUGAGCGUCUUAAGGAGCAGCGAGAUCGAGACGACCGGGAAAAAACCGAGGAGCUGGAUUGUAAUAAAAAAGAGCUGAAAGAGUUAAAGGAGCGGCUGAGCUUGCUGCAGGGAGAUCUGUCAGACAGAGAGACCUCACUGUUGGACCUGAAGGAGCACGCAUCAUCUCUGGCCUCCUCGGGUCUGAAGAAGGAUUCAAAACUCAAGAGUCUGGAGAUUGCGUUGGAGCAGAAGAAGGAGGAAUGCCUUAAACUGGAGAGCCAACUUAAGAGAGCUCAAAACGCGACCCUGGAGGCGCAGGCCAACACUGAGCUAGCCAUGCGCAUUAAGAACCUUGAGCAGGAAGUGGCUCGCCACAAGGAAGAUUCUGGGAAGGCCCAGGCUGAGGUGGACCGCUUACUGGAGAUCCUUCGGGAAAUGGAAAAUGAAAAAAAUGACAAAGAUAAAAAAAUUAGCGAAUUGGAGAGUUUGGCCUCCAGGCAGUCGAAGGACCAGACGAAGAAGGUGGCUUCUCUAAAGCACAAAGAGCAAGUAGAGAAAAACAGGAACGCUCGUCUGAUGGAGGAAGCUAGAAAAAGGGAAGACAAUCUAUCGGAGAAUUCCCAGCAGGUCAAGGACGUUCUUCGUCAGAAGACUGAGCGAAUCGAGGAGCUGGAGGAGGCCCUCAGAGAGAGUGUUCAGAUUACGACUGAGCGAGAGAUGGUGCUUGCACAAGAGGAGGCUGCCAGGUCACUGCAGGAGAAACAAAUGGAGGAGCUGUUGGGGGCCAUGGAUAAAGUUAAGCAGGAACUGGAGUCCAUGCGAGCCAAGCUGUCCUCCACUCAGCAGUCUCUGUGUGAAAAAGAAGCACAUCUUACAACCCUGCGAGCUGAGCGCAGGAAACACCGAGAGGAGGUGCUGGAGAUGAAGCAGGAGGCACUACUGGCCGCCAUCAGUGAAAAAGACGCUAACAUCGCCCUUCUGGAGUUGUCCUCCUCUAAGAAAAAGAAGACUCAGGAAGAAGUUGCUCUGCUGAAGAGGGAAAAGGACAGACUGGUGCAACAGCUCAAGCAACAGACUCAGAAUAGGAUGAAGUUAAUGGCAGACAGCAAUGAAGAUGACCAUUUCAAGACCUCUGACCAUACCAAUCACAAACCCUCUCCAGAUCAGACGAUACCCUCUCUCUUAGCCCUGACCCAAAACCGCAGCAAGCUCAAGCUCUACAUAGCUCAUUUGACUGACCUCUGCCACGAGCGGGACCCCAGCAUUCUCAGCCAUCUCACACCACCUUCUCACUACCAUCACAGCGACCCUGAAGACUGGGAGGAGGAGCUCCAUAGGAUGAGUAUCCAACAGGUAACAAAGUUGGAAAGAGAGCUGGAGGUGUGUGAGAAGGAGAGUGGAGAGCUGCAGGAGUACGCCAACUGUGUCCUCCAACAGAUUGCGGACUACUGCCCUGAUAUCCUGGAGCAGGUCGUCAACGCUCUGGAGGAGUCAUGCUAACACCUCUUGACCUCACACAGAAAGCAGCUGACCCUGGACCUGAAUUUAAACCUGUAGCUGAGUGCAGGUGUCCCUACCUCCACUUACCAAAGGUUCCUAGGGUGGGGCGUGGAAUGAGGGAGAGGGAGGGAGGGAGAGAGAGAGAAAGAAAAGUGGGGGCAUCAUUAUCUCAAACAGAACAAGCGCACACUCUCAACUUCCCUCUUACCCCAAAACAACAGUUCAAACCCCUGAUGGCCUGGUCUGUAGUUCCAGUCUGGCAGUAACUAUCAGAGUGGCUUGUGGUCUAUUAAAUUGCAGCCAAGCAUGACAACGAGCAAAUAUCAUAUAACCCUCUGCACACUAGGUUCUGAUCAGUGAUGAUGACCAUGGCAGAUGGUGGACAGAACCCUUCUGCCUGAACAUAUGUCCACAGGUUAGGGAUAUUCAACGCUCAUGCCAUGAGUAUUUGUGCACAACCAAUAGAAUUUAGAAUGAUUCGGAAUUCGUUCUUUUAAAAGAUUAUAGCAAACCUUCUAAAUCAGAGACAGCAGCGAUAGAAGAGAGAGUUUUUGGAUAAAAGACUUUGCACAGUGUUGCAGCAAACUGCCAACCGCCCUGUCUCCGGAGGGUAGGGUUUUACAGAUGAAGCACAGUUUUCUUUACCAACCUGUGUUCUCAUUUUUUUACCUACCAAAUCUUGCUUUGCAAAUGUUUUGAUGUUCUAGUAAAGCUGCAGUGCAUAACUUUAAGUUAAACUGAAAGGAUUGAACUCAGUGCUGAUCUAGGUACAGGUUUCGGUCCACCUUUACGCAACAACAGGAAGGCUUAGCCCUCAGAUCUUCUUUCUCUGAGCUACAAUGGAGUGAUUUGUUUUGUCAAAAACAACAGAGGCAAGGACAAAGCACAUGCACAGAUUACAUCAUUUCAAAAGGCAACCAGGAAACAUAAAUGCUAGACAUUCAUGGCAACUCCCCUUUGGAUCAGGACCUCUUUGUGGGGUUUUGACCAAGUAAAAGUAACUCAUUUUCAGCAGUGUAAAGUUUCCAACAUCUGAACUAAAGCCACAGCUUUGUUUCUGUAAUGUAAGGUUUUGCUCUUUAGAAUGGAAUAUCUAUCAUAUCUCUUGCUGCCAGUCAAGUCUUAUUUCACCCGUUUGUUGGACCGUCUCAGCACUAUGCCAAAGUGAUUGAACUAUGGUUAAAGGUUGUGUUGCAUUGUAUUAGCUGUAUCGAGCUAGGAGACCGAUAGCGCGCCACUUUUCAAAAGCUUUAUUGUUUAGUGUUUAGCUUUAGCAUGCUAACAGUAAGGAAGGUCACUGUCCUUUGCUGUAGAACAAGGAGAGGACUUGGGUCCACAGAGCAUCCUGAUGGAUCGACUACAGUUUGAAAAUUAUUUUUAACCCUCGCAUGUUAACGCAACAUAAAUGACCUAACAGACGAAGGAAAAAAAUAUAGCAUUAACUACAAAGUUGAGGCCCACACCAAAAGUUACGCACUGCACCUUUGAAGGAUGAAACCUUUGUUUUUUAACUGGGAAGCUGCUUCAUCACUAGGAGGUCAGAGAAGAGCUAGGUGUAUAAGUCAGAAAAGCCAUGUAGAUUAUUGGGUUUUAAACUGUUUUUUGCACACAACAUGUGCAUGUUUAAUGACGUGCAGUGAGGUGUGUUUGUUUUUUUUUCUUUGAGAACGUUCUUGUGGCCUUGGAACAUGCGUAGUGAUCGGUUCUGGACCUAACGCAGAGAAAUGGAUACCUCUGUCAUUUUGGUGCUACGGCAAGUGGUAGGGAACUUUUGAUCUGAUCCACUAAUCAUUCAGUCUCGUCCAAAGUUUCUGUAGACUUUACUUGAACGCCCAGCUGAAAAAAAAAAAAAAAGCAGCACAAGAGUCGAAGCGAUCCCCUUUGUCUUAGGUUAGAUGGAGGAAACGCCUCCUUUUAUCAUAUUGAACUCUUCAGGGCUGAGGUUUUUAAAUUAAAAUGUGCAUCAACACUUACAAAAAUAAUUGGACUUUUUAGAUCCAUUUGUAAAUAGUGUGGUAAUUAACACAUAUGGUGAGUGUAUAAAGGUAAUUAAGUGGACAAUGUUGUGCGUUAUUCUAGGGAAAAAAAAAAUCAAUCAGAAAAGUCUAAAGCAGUGCAGUUGUCUUUUGUGUCUAAAUUGUCAUGAGGGCAAAAUGUGUAUGUAUUGACUGUACUGCCAUGAAUUGCGGAAAGUCAUGUUCUGUAGAGAUAUAUAUUAAAAAAAAUAUACUAUAUAAAAAUGUUUACUGUAUGGAUAUGCAUUGAAUGUUUGCACAGAUUCUCAAAGAGCCAGUGGCUCGGAACAAAAAAGAACAUGGAGGUAAAUGUCCUCAACACAAAGUAUAAAAAGUGUCUGGAAAAAAUAACCCUUGUGUCAGAUUGUGUGACGACAUGUUUUUUAAACUGUGACUGUGAUGGAAGAGUCUUUUUUCUUUCAUUUGUUUCUCAGUAUCAUACUGUUUUUACAUAUCGUCACAUGGAGGUCCCCAACCUUUUCAGUGCCACAGAGUUGUUGCUCGUGCAAAAACACUACAAAAUAAAAUGUUGCACUUGAUAUUGAAAUAAACUCGGACAGAGAAGGCCAUAUUGUUAUGCAAGACUGUAGAUGAAAACUUUCAUCUGCAACUUGGAAGACUCUCCGUCUUUCCUUUUAUUAAGAAGACCCACCGCAGACUUUUAUUUUGAUGAGUUUCAGGGCAUGAAACAUCUACUGUUGAAAGAGAUUUAGGUCACUUUUCAAAAUGAAGUAUCUCUGGUUAUUUUUCUGUUUCUGCUGGUACCGGUUCAGGCCAGUUGGUUGGGGACCUCACCAUUACAGUGUUAUUGUUUGUUGUUUAUCACUUUUUGUUUCUGUGCAUUUCUGUCAUCGUUGAUGCCAAAGGUAGAUUGAACCUGGUGGAUAAAAAAAAAACGUCACCCAAAAAAACGUCACCCAUCGUGUUAAAAACUAAAUGUUACAAUAUAAAGUAAAUGUUUGUUUGUUUUUUUAGAAAAAAAAUCAAUCCUGGGUUGGAUACUAUGUAGUAAAACCUCUGUGUACUGUCUCUCAUACCUCACUAAUUUUUUUACACCACUGGGUUUAAAGGAUGAAUUUUUUUUUUGGCCCAAGCGUUUUAUUUUCCUUUCUUUGGGCCAUGUAUCCUUGCUCUUGCCUCUUGCCUUGACUUUUGUCCUCGUUUCAGAGUACACAGCUGAAAAAUGAGCUUCUGUCCAGCUCAAGGUGUUGGGUUUGAUUUUCAUGUGUGUGAGAAAUGUAAUGCCUUCUAUCUGGUGUCACGAAUGGAACUGUAAAAAGAAAGCAAAUACAGACAUGUUUGUGCAUUAUUUGGAUUUUGUAUGUAUGUAAAUAAAUAAAUUAUGGCCUGUG